UGCAUUCAGAAUAAUAAAUGAUCUGUGUAGAUUUACUUUCACAAAGGCCCACAGCUGUCAGGAAGAGAGAGGACCAUGAAUGACAGCAGGGUAGUUCCACUUCUCAGCAGUGUCUGCAUGUUUUGUAGUGGUUGUACCCCACCUCUAAUCAUCACUCAAUCACCCUGAAAAACGCAGCUCAGCGAGUUCCUGCUUGCGGGACCUCAAUGCAUGGGUAACAGUGGAACCAACGGGAAAAGAGAGACUGUCAGAAGUAGAGAUGAAAGAGGACAGGGAUCACAGGUACUGCAAUGGCUGCAGGAGUUUUGCUGCAAAAUGAACAACCAUACUCUUCGCUGAUAGAGAGCAGUGUUUAUCUGGCAAAUAUGAGUUCAGCGCCUUUUGAAAAUUACCUACUUGACACGCAACUAUUUUCAUCGAGCGGUGGAACAGUUUGUCCCGAGCAGACGCAAUCCCUGUGGAAAGGAGCAGCCCGGGGCUGGCUGGCAGCAGCACCUGCAUCCUCCGUUUCCAUGGCGACACUCAGCCCGGGGACCAGCUGCCGAGCGAGCUCGGGGAUGCUCCGCUCCGCUCCCGCAACUUCAGCGCUGAGCAACUUCCCCUGCGCUCAGAGCGCCCCGGGCUGCGGCGCCAGGAGGAGCUGGGGCCGGGCAGCCAUGCAGCCUUCCCCCCGCAGGCGCUCGGCCGUCAGCAUCUUUAGCCAUUUCUUCCAGGGGCGGAGGCAUUCCUCCUCUGAUCCCCUUCUCCGCCUCAGCCAGCGGCGCCGCAGCUCCGUGGUGGAGCUGCUCUCCUCGUCCACGCACCGGGUCAUGGUGGCUCUGUCAUCGCUCAGCCCCGAGGAGCUGGAUGCAACUUUUCCUGAAAAAAAAAGGAGCUUGAGGCGCCCCACGGCCAAGUACACGAAGAUGGGGGAGCGGCUGCGCCACGUCAUCCCCGGGCACAUGCAGUGCUCCAUGGCCUGCGGUGGCCGCGCCUGCAAGUACGAGAACCCCGCACGCUGGACCCAGAACGAGCAGGCCAUCAAGGGGCUCUACUCCUCCUGGAUAACAGAUAACAUCCUGGCUAUGGCUCGACCCUCAACAGAAUUAAUUGAGAAGUACAACAUUAUUGAGCAGUUUGAAAGAUGUGGCAUAAAAACCAUAAUUAACCUUCAGCGUCCUGGGGAGCACGCAAGCUGUGGGAACCCCCUGGAGCAGGAGAGUGGCUUCACCUACCUUCCUGAAGCCUUUAUGGAGGCUGGCAUUUAUUUUUAUAAUUUUGGAUGGAAGGAUUAUGGAGUGGCAUCUCUGACAACUAUCCUUGACAUGGUAAAGGUGAUGUCUUUCGCCCUGCAGGAGGGGAGGGUGGCUGUUCACUGCCACGCAGGACUCGGGAGGACAGGUGUUCUAAUAGCUUGCUACUUAGUUUUUGCCACCAGAAUGAGUGCUGACCAAGCGAUUGUGUUUGUCAGAGCCAAAAGGCCCAAUUCCAUCCAGACACGGGGGCAGCUGUUGUGUGUCAGGGAGUUCUCCCAGUUCCUGGUCCCUCUCCGCAAUGUCUUCGCGUGCUGCGAGCCCAAGGCACACGCGGUCACCCUGUCCCAGUACCUGACCCGCCAGAGGCACCUGCUGCAUGGCUACGAGAGCAGGCACCUCAAGCAUGUGCCAAAACUCGUCCACCUGGUGUGCAAGCUGCUGCUGGACCUGGCUGAGAACCGACAAGUGGUAGAGGCGGAGCUGCUGGACAUCCCAGACCUCUCAGCUGAGAUCGAGAAGACCGUGUCCCAGCUGGAACCCACGGAACUCGAGCGGGAGCUGGUCAGGCACGACAGCGACGCGUCGGACUCGUCCCACGUCCACUCCUCUGCUCUCGACACCCAGGACUCGCACUGCUCCCUGGGACACGAAUGUGAUUCUUUUUGUGAAAGAAGGAAUGUUGAAUGCCUUCAGCCUUUUACUCUUCUGAGAAGGCGUCUGAGCUACAGUGAGUCAGACCUAAGGAGAACUGAGUUUCUUGCAGAACACGAUGACACUGCCUGGAUAGUGCCUGCUCAGAUGUUAGUGAACAACAAACCCAAGCAGAACAGUGGGGAGGAAUGUUCUGCCACAGGUGAGGUAAAGCCACGGCUGGAGUUAAACAAAGAAGCAUUAGUGCAUAACACGUGCAUGUUCUGGAGUCAAGGGAGAUUUAGUUUGGAUGGACAAAGGGAUGUCUCCUAUCACAGAAGGAACUCUGCCAGAGAAGUACAACGCAGCAGGACCUUUUCUUCAGGCCUCGCGUCCAUCCACAAUCCUAAAGAACCUGUGAUGCUGAGGCACAGCUUUGCCAACAAGACUGAUCAUAGGAAGGAUCACAAGACCAACAUAUAUGGCAGGAGAGUCCAUACCUCCGAGGACUCCGACUCUUCUUCUUCCUCUUCUAAAGUGAACUUUACCAUUGGAUACGAAAGCCAGGGUAGCAGAGAGGUGUCAGAGACAAUUCCACACAUUGUUCUGCAGUCAGAAUUAAGUUUGGAAGCUCGAAGAGUUUUGGCAGCCAAAGCACUUGCAGACAUAAAUGAAUUUCUGGGAGAGGAUGAAGUGAAGCAGAAAGUAGAAAUGUGGCAGAAAGAACUGAAUUCUCGAGAUGGAGCUUGGGAUAAAAUCUGCACUGAGAGAGACCCUUUUAUCCUCUGCAGCUUGAUGUGGUCAUGGAUAGAACAGCUGAAAGAACCUAUUAUAUCCAAAGAUGAUAUUGACAUGCUGGCAAAAAAUUGCACAGAAUCCCAGGAUGCACUCUACUUGUUGGGAAAGGAGCAGUGUCAGACCAUCCUUUGUAUUUUACACUGCGUGGUGAACCUGCAAGUGCUGCCAGCUGAUGUGGAGGAGGCCUUACUUGCUCGUGCUAUUAAAGCUUUCACCAAGACAAGCUUCGAUUCUGAGAAUGGGCCAUAUGUUUACAAUACCUUGAAAACUGUAUUGAAACAAGCACUGGAAGAAAAAAGGAAAAGUAUUAAAGAAGGAACAGAGAAUACUUCUUGAUUUCUUCACCGCUCUGCUGAAGCAUUAGAUUGGCUUACCAAAUCAUUUUGCAUUUUCCAGCUACUGUAUUUUGUGCUACCUGGCAUGAUCUACAUAACUUUAGGUAACAGAAGUUAUUAACAAAGCAUUUUAUUUUUUUAGACGCAGUUUUAGUGGCAGUUGUUCAGUCUACAUAGUUUUAAAAACAGUUCCAUGUGACCAUUCUCUGUAGCAUUUGGUUUCAAGCACUAUUCUUUUAUAUUGUGAAGGGUUCUCCUGUUCUCAAAUGUGUUUAUUGAUUUAGAAACCUCUGUUAUUGGCAAGAAACUAUUUUCAAGUUACAUGAUUGCCAUAAGUUCAGUGCCAUGAUCCCCAAAGGUUUAAUGAAUUGAGUUAAUAAUUAUGUAUUACAUAUGUUUACAUUAAUGAUAUUUGAUUUCACUUUGCAGAAAAUAAAUAUUGAUUGAACCUGUGAAA